AUGGUGGGCAGUCGCGAGCAUGGUAGAUGCGAUAGCACAAGAGAUAAAUGUGCAAUUGAUAUAACAAAAGAAAAGGUUGUCCACGAUCUGGCUACAGAUGUAGCGAUGUUAAACCAUUCUGGACAGCAAGAAAUGUGUAUGCGUAUGGGCUUCGGUGCAUCACUCUUUCUUGAGCUCUAG